CUUCAGAGAGUCGCUUUUGCCCAGUAUAGAGAGUAAGCGCGGUCGUCAGUGCGAGCGAGAGGGAAGGUAGCGUUUCGGUACGGUCGACGAAUUCGCGUCGACACGAGCUCCAGAAAAUCUCUCUCCCCGCGCCUAGGGUUUCUCUCCGCCCUCCGCCUCAUCAGUGCUUCGACUGCGUGUAUUGAGCACACUGUGGUUUUCGCCGUUCGAGCCGUCUGCAUUCGCCGCCUCUCGAAGGAUAUGGACUCGUCUGAUGAGCCAAAUGGAAAUGGGGAGCAUAAUGAUUUGCCGCCACCGCCGCCACCUCCUGCUAUUAUUCCACCAGAUAUUGUUCCUGAGCGAGUUGAACCCGAGAAUCCACCCGAGAAUCCGCCACAACCUGUAAAGAAGAAAGUUUCUCGGGUCCCCAUUGCUAGACGGGGCCUUGGUUCUAAAGGCCAGAAGAUACCUCUGCUAACUAAUCACUUCAAAGUGAAUGUUACCAAUCUUGACGGUCAAUUCUUCCAUUAUUCGGUAUCUCUUUCUUAUGAGGAUGGCCGCCCUGUUGAUGGCAAGGGAAUUGGCAGAAAAGUAAUCGAUAAAGUACAAGGUACCUAUAGUGGUGAGUUAGCUGGAAAGGACUUCGCAUAUGAUGGUGAAAAGAGCUUGUUCACUGUUGGUCCCCUCCCUCGGAACAAACUCGAAUUCACUGUUGUACUUGAGGAUGUUACCUCUAGCAGAAAUAACGGUAAUGCUAGUUCCGAUGGUCAUGGAAGUCCCAAUGAGAGUGAUAGAAAGAGAUUGCGACGCCCCUAUCAGUCGAAGACCUUUAAAGUAGAGAUUAGCUUUGCUGCGAAGAUCCCUAUGCAAGCAAUUGCACAUGCCCUGCGCGGUCAAGAAUCAGAGAAUUCUCAGGAAGCUCUCAGAGUGCUGGAUAUUGUAUUAAGGCAACAUGCGUCUAAGCAGGGCUGCCUGCUUGUUCGUCAAUCUUUCUUUCACAAUGACCCGAGAAACUUCACAGAUGUGGGCGGAGGUGUCCUUGGUUGCAGAGGAUUUCACUCAAGUUUUAGGACGAGCCAGGGAGGAUUGUCUCUUAACAUUGAUGUAUCAACCACUAUGAUAAUUCAGCCUGGACCAGUGGUGGAAUUUUUGCUUGCGAACCAAAAUGUGAACGAUCCCUAUUCUGUUGAUUGGGCUAAGGCUAAACGAACCCUUAAAAAUUUGAGGAUCAAGGCAAGUCCUACCAACAUGGAAUACAAGAUAACUGGCCUUAGUGAGAAGAUCUGCAGGGACCAACUGUUUUCUUUGAAGCAGAAAAGCAGAAAGGAUGCUGAUGGCGAGGCAGAGACCAUAGAAGUGACGGUCUAUGAUUACUUUGUCAACCACCGCCACAUAGAGUUGCGAUUUUCUGGAGAUUUCCCUUGCAUCAAUGUUGGCAAACCAAAGCGACCUACUUAUAUUCCUCUUGAGCUAUGCACGCUGGUAUCCUUGCAACGCUACACCAAAGCUCUGACAAAUCUUCAAAGGGCUUCUCUGGUCGAAAAAUCACGGCAAAAGCCACAAGAGAGGAUGAGAGUUCUGUCAGAUGCUCUGAAAUUGAACAAGUACGAUGCUGAACCGAUGCUGCGUUCAUGUGGGGUAUCGAUCAGUACCCAGUUUACUCAAGUCGAAGGACGUGUUUUACCUGCGCCCAGGCUGAAAGUGGGCAAUGGGGAAGAUUUCUUUCCUCGCAAUGGGAGAUGGAACUUCAACAAUAAGAAAUUGGUUGAGCCAAGUAAGAUAGAGAGGUGGGCUGUUGUGAACUUCUCUGCUCGUUGUGAUGUUCGUGGCCUCGUCAGUAAUCUCAUCAAAUGUGGCGACAUGAAAGGAAUUCAUAUUGACCAACCAUUUGAAGUAAUUGAAGAGAGUCACCAGUUUAGGCGAGCUCCACCUGUUGUUAGAGUGGAGAAGAUGUUUGAGGAGAUACAGUCAAAGCUUCCUGGUGCACCGCAAUUUCUUCUUUGCUUGCUUCCUGAGAGAAAGAAUUCUGAUCUCUAUGGUCCAUGGAAGAAAAAGAAUCUUGCUGAAUUUGGGAUUGUUACUCAGUGCAUUGCUCCUGUGAGGAUUAAUGAUCAGUACCUCACUAAUGUUCUCCUAAAGAUCAAUGCAAAGCUUGGGGGCUUGAAUUCAGUUCUGGCCGUUGAGCAUUCCCCUUCUAUACCCUUGGUGUCUAAAUUACCCACUAUAAUCCUUGGAAUGGAUGUAUCACAUGGCUCUCCUGGGCAAUCUGAUAUUCCAUCAAUUGCUGCGGUUGUUAGCUCCCGCCAAUGGCCUUUGAUUUCUCGCUAUCGGGCUUCAGUGCGGACGCAGUCUCGGAAAGUCGAAAUGAUUGACAAUUUGUUCAAGAAGGUGUCUGAUAUUGCGGAUGAGGGGAUAAUAAGGGAACUUCUCCUCGACUUCUACGUGAGUUCGGGUAAGAGGAAACCCGACCAAAUCAUCAUAUUCAGGGAUGGAGUCAGUGAGUCGCAAUUUAAUCAGGUUUUAAACAUUGAACUGGAUCAAAUUAUUGAGGCCUGCAAGUUUCUUGAUGAGAAAUGGUCCCCCAAGUUUGUUGUGAUUGUUGCUCAGAAAAACCAUCAUACCAAGUUCUUCCAGUCCGGAUCGCCAGAUAAUGUUCCUCCUGGGACCAUCAUAGACAACAAAGUUUGUCAUCCACGCAACCAUGACUUCUAUCUCUGUGCACAUGCGGGAAUGAUUGGGACGACCAGACCCACUCACUACCAUGUGUUAAUGGAUGAGGUUGGUUUUUCAGCGGAUGAUCUGCAGGAGCUUGUUCAUUCACUCUCUUACGUGUAUCAAAGAAGCACUACUGCUAUAUCCGUUGUUGCUCCGAUUUGCUAUGCUCACUUGGCGGCUUCUCAAAUGGGUCAGUUCAUGAAAUUCGAGGAUGCUUCCGAGACUUCAUCUAGCCAAGGCGGGCUGACAUCCGCAGGACCAGUUGCCGUUCCUCAGCUGCCCAGAUUGCAGGAGAAAGUGUGCAACUCCAUGUUUUUCUGUUGAAGGCUUUACUUGCCCUUUCCUUCGGACACCUUUCAGGAAAGGUGGCUUUUUUUAACCCGUACAGGCUUUUUUGUACUCCGGGUCUUGAAGACUCCUAUCAUCUUGUUUUGUGGCGGCUGAGCUCCGGCUUUAUCCAUCUGGAUAUUUUCCGAGACUUGGCCAGAGAUGGUGGUUUCUUUUUCUGUAUAUAUUAUGCGUAGGUACUUUAAAUGCGGCCUUCCACUAGGGGAAAGUCCAGCCAUGAAAACUAUAUACGGCGGUAAAAGACUGGCAUGAACACUUGGUUAUCUUAUUAUCUGAACUUGUUUCUAUCA